CUUAGGAAGUGCCGGGGAAAUAUAGGACAGUAUUGUGUGUAUUGGAAAUUACGGCGAUUCCAAGCCACAUUUGGCGGAUCUUGCCCGAGAGGGCAUUAGAUCAAGGUCUGAAUUACCAUUCUGCUUACUGACGAACGUCCAACGGUACUGACAACGAAAAGGGGAGUUUGGUGUCGGCGGUUCCAUCAGUAUUUAUGCCAGAUGCAUGACAAAAUGGCAUAUGCUGAGGAGCCGUCCAGUUUGGACUACAUACAGCGAUCGGAGCUGUACCCUAAAAAGUCGCUGGUGACUGAAGAUGCAGCGCUGCACGUGCCAUUCCCGCUCCUGUGCGGAGAGGCUGUAGAAUUCCUUGGGCACAUUGACGAAGGAGUGAUUGCAUUAUCCAAUUUCCGCCUCCUCAUCCGCUUCAAGGACAGCUUCAUCAAUGUGCCGUUAGGACUGGUCGAGAGCGUGGAAUGUCGGGACAUAUUUUACCUCUACGUGUACUGCAAGGAUGCCACAGUGGCCAGAUGUGCAUUCAGCAACAAUGAUUCCUGUCAGGUGUGGUUUCGUCGUGUCAGCGACCGAGUGGCCCCGCCCCGGGAACUCAAGAGCUACUUUGCGUUUGCCUUCCAUGCCUGGUGUGUUGACCGCUGCCCUGCGGGAUCAGAGCUUGACCCCUGUUACCAGCUCUGUAAACAAGAAGAGAAUUUUCACUUUUCAUUUGGAAAGGAGGUGGAUAGAAUGAAGUUUAACUUGAAAAGUAAAACAGCAUGGAGAAUCACAUACCUCAAUGAAUCUUUUGGAGUGUGUCAGUCAUACCCAAAGUACCACAUUGUCCCGUCAGAUAUUACCGACGAACAAUUAAAGAAGGUGGCAAGUUUCCGAGCUCUGGCCCGCUUCCCUAGUGUGGUGUGGAGGGACCAGCGUAAUGGGGCUGUGUUGGUGCGAUGCAGCCAGCCAGAGGUUGGAUGGCUGGGCUGGCGGAAUCCUGAAGAUGAGGCCCUUCUACGAUCCAUCCCUCUCGCAUGCGCCCAUAACCCUGGCACAUACCAGCAUAGUCAAGCUAUCUUGGAUGACUCCAGCACAUCUGAAAGUGGGUCACAAAAUGGAGAUUCUGGAGAUGAAAGUCUGGGAGAAGACAAGAGAAUGCUGGUGAUCGACUGUCGCUCUUACAGUGCUGCAUUUGCCAACCGGGCUAAGGGUGGAGGUCUCGAGUGUCCAGAAUACUACCCGAACUGUGAGAUCCAGUUCAUGAACCUGGCAAACAUCCACUCCAUCAGAAAGAGCUUCAUUGCACUCCGCACCCUCUGUAGCAGUGGCCCAGACCAGGUCAACUGGUUGUCUGGACUGGAGAACGCCAAAUGGCUUCAACACACCUCCAGUCUGAUGAAGACUGCCAACCUAGCGGUCAACUCCAUCGACAAGGAGGGGCGACCAGUCCUUGUCCACUGUUCGGACGGCUGGGACCGCACCCCACAGAUAAUCUCACUUGCAACACUUCAGCUUGACCCAUACUAUAGAACCAUUGAGGGAUUCUCGGUGCUGAUUGAGCGUGAGUGGUUGGACUUUGGUCACAAGUUCGCUGAUCGCUGUGGUAAUGGUAUAAAUAUUGACGACACUAACGAGCGGUGCCCUGUGUUCCUUCAGUGGAUCGACUGCGUCUAUCAACUGUACUCGCAGUUUCCGACCGCUUUCCAGUUCAACGAGGCCUACUUGGUUAAAUUGGUGCAACACACGUACUCGUGUCUCUUUGGUACAUUCCUUUGUAACACGACACAGGAGCGACAGAAAGAGGAACUGGACAAACGCACAGCGUCCGUGUGGUCGCUCCUCAAUCUCAAGAACAAGCGAUUCCUCAAUCACCUGUACUGCCCCACUAUAGAGCAACAGGUACUCUAUCCCUCGUGCCACAUCAGAAGUAUAAAACUUUGGAGAGCUGUCUUCUUGUCAAACAACUCCUCUUCCAUGGGGCCAGAAGAAGGAGCUCUUGACAAACCGUCUCUCGUCUCCGAACCAGAGCGUUCCAACUUGCAGAAGACAAGAUCUUGUGAGAAUUUAGCUGCAAACCAUGAUCAGGUGGUGACAGUUCUCGCUAGUCCCAGUCGAAGAAAAAGUGAUCCCAACAUCACGUUGGACUUUGCCGAUCAGGCACUCCACUUCGCGGGCAAAGAUACAGAGCAAAAUUCAAAUGGUACCAGCAUUCCAAAUUCUAUUAAUAAAUCGGAGGUUGCUCCUGAUGCCCUGAACGGCGAGAUAAGUUUAGUGGUGAACGGACAGGAUCAUGAAUAUCGUGACAAAAGUGAUGGCGACAGUAGCCAUAGAAAAAACGAGAUCAGUGAAAUUCAAAUGAACGGAGAAAGUGACUCUACCGAGGACAGUAACAAAGCGGAACUCCAAAAUGUUGACAGUGGUGUGGAGGAAGAAGGGGACGACAAAGGGGAACAACUCCCAUUGAUUAACGGACCGGAAGAAAAGGGGCUACAACCCUUGACAAAUGGAUAUAUGGACAAUGAGUCGACAAUGGUAAACGGUGAAAAUGUGAUAUGUAAUGGACAUAGCAAUGGAAUUGAGACUGAAGAUAAAACUUGUCAGACGGUGAAAGUUGACAGUGUGGAAAGAAACGAUAGAUCAGGGUCGGGCGAACUUGUUAUAGAAAGCUCCACAGACACCCUGUGUGAGGAGGAAUGCGAACACUGCCGAGGUAGUACGUCACGGUGCGCUGACCGACCUCACGGCCGAGUGACGUCAUGUAGCCAAGAAAACUUACACUGUGAUAGUGAUUGUAGGAAUAAUAAAACUGUGACCAAAAUAAAGUCGCUGGAGAGCUGUUCCAGUAUCAGUACGAGUACCAGUGACAUAAGUAACUCCCAUGUCCACGUGGACUGCGUGCGGCAGGCGGCCAACCUUCUGCAACUGCAGCAGUGUCUAUUAUCACAGCCGCCGGCGCUGCGGCUCGAUUGUGGCUCCAACGGGUGCGGUAAGCUGUCCAGUAUUCCAAAUGGAGGCUCUCAUUCCCCUUCCACACAGUUUCCGACUCCCGUUAGCUCACAAACUCCAAACUCUACAUGUCCUCCAACACCGGGUACAGAUUGUAAGUCAACCGAGGUACCAUUACAACGCCAUCUUAGCGGGAUCGGUCGACAUCUGGACAUAGACGGCCUGACAAUUUUUCAUGAACCUGUUCAACAGAGGAUGCGCCAGAUAGAGACUGAUUAUGAGCGCCAAAUCCAGGCUUUAAAGUCACACCUGGCUAACGCCCAGGCUCUACUGUUACAGCAUGCGUCAGCCUGUAGCGGGGCAGGACGGUGUGCUCUCGACCUAGCCAAAGACGACAUGCUGUUGUUACCAGAGGCAACAGGAUACGGUGACUUCCAAUCCCUAGGUGGCUGUAGUAACGCUGCAUCUGAUGUCAGUUGGGAACAAAUUGACGAUACAGAAUCAAAGUUGGUAAAGUGGGUGCCGGACCAUGCAGUUACUCACUGUGGAAACUGUGAUCUUAGCUUUGGCAUGAUUAACAGGAAACAUCACUGCAGGAACUGUGGAAACAUCUUCUGUCACGACUGUACAAACUACUACACAUCAAUCCCUCAACAAAAUCUCAUGUCCCCGGAGCGAGUCUGCCAGCGCUGUUACAAGGUUCUGCGUUAUCAAGGUGGGAGGAGCUCACUGGAAAAUGGAGUCAUCGAUGAACGACCAAUGGCGGCAGCCGCCUCAAAUUAACGUACAAAAUAUCAAUGGGUUAAUCGGCUAACUUUUCAAUGGCAGAUUUAAUGUCAAAUCGCGGAAUAUCGUGCUAUUUCCAGGCGUAUAUGUUGUUUGGUUGUUUAAGUCUUAUCGCUACCGUAAAGGAGGAACAUGUGGAAGCUAGAGAACUUGAAUGUUAAGGAUCUCGGUGUGUAUAUCUAUUGCAGUACUAGUGAUGAUUGGAUGUUUAACAGGUACUAGGGGGAAAAAACUAGGGACUUCAGUUUUCAACUAUAUCAUCAGAAUAGCAAUUAAUUUAAUGUUUUUGAUUUUAAAUUGUAAAAAUUCAGUGAUCU